ACUCAUAGUUUGAACCACUGGAUUGGUACCAAGCAUAUUUCCUCCCAAUUAGAGGAAGCUGCACGACGACUCAAUUUAAAUGGUUUCUCUAAUUCAGAAUGUAUGUUGGAAGGAACUUGGUGUUCUUGUUGCUGUCUGGGUUAUAAUCCUCACUUUACAGAUUGCUAAGAAUUACUCAACAACAUGCUCAGCGACAUACUGGCUCCUAAAUUUUUCACAGAUCCCGGUGACUGUGGGAGUAACUUCAUAUGAAGCAGUCAACCUGUGCAAAGGGAGGAGAAAGAUUGCAUCCAAGGGAGAAGCUGGCACACACUGGCAAGUACACAAGCUGGUUAUUUACUCUGCCUUGGGUGUCUUGGCUGGUAUAGUUGGUGGAAUGCUGGGACUAGGAGGAGGAUUUAUUUUGGGUCCUCUUUUUCUGGAGAUAGGAAUCCCUCCUCAGGUUUCAAGUGCCACAGCAACCUUUGCCAUGACAUUUUCUGCGUCUAUGUCAGUCGUAGAAUAUUACCUUCUAAGACGAUUUCCAGUCCCAUAUGCUCUUUACCUUGCUGGCAUGGCUACAAUUGCUGCAUUUGUAGGCCAACACGUGGUAGGAAAAGUCAUCAAUAUCUUAGGGAGAGCAUCUCUCAUCAUCUUCAUUCUGUCUGGCAUGAUCUUUGCUAGUGCCAUAUCACUUGGCGGGGUAGGCAUAGCUAACAUGGUAAAGAAGAUUGACCGGAAGGAGUACAUGGGAUUUGAUGAUAUUUGUUCAUAUCAACCUUGACCUUGAUGCCAGUGCAGAUCCAAAACCUAUUGAUUUCACUGUAUUAACUUAACUAGACAGUAGCACGGGACAUACAAUAAAUUAAUUUAUAUUUU